UUUACGUGUUGUACGCACUUCCGGGGAAGCGUGUAGCGAAUUUUAGCAAUGAGUUUUGAGUGGCCUUGGCAAUACAACUUUCCUCCGUUUUUUACAUUACAACCCAAUGUUGACACAAGACAGAAACAGCUAGCGGCAUGGUGCUCAUUGACGCUGUCAUAUUGCCGACAUCGAAAACUCUACACGUUGGACGUCAUGGAGGCACAAGAGAGCCCUGUCUUUAAUAACAAGAAAAUAGAGAGAAAACUUUCAGUGGAAGCCAUCCAGGUUGUUUUUGAGGAACUAAGGAAAAAAGGGAACCUGGAGUGGAUGGACAAAAACAAAACUCGCUGUCUGAUCAUGUGGAGACGACCAGAGGAGUGGGGGAAGCUGAUAUACCAAUGGGUGUCCAGAAACGGGAUGGUCAAUUCUGUUUUUACGCUCUACGAGCUCUCAAAUGGGGAUGACACCGAAAGUGAAGAGUUUCAUGGGCUCGAGGAGUGGAUGCUGCUGCGCUCAUUGCAGGCCCUGCAGACAGAGGGAAAGGCAGAGAUCAUCUCCAUGGAUGACGGGAAGGGAGUCAAGUUCUUUUGAGGAGAGGAGGGGGAGGUACUGCUGGUGUGGGGAGCAGUUUAGAUAGCGCUCUGGGGGAGGACUCCGGCAGAGGGUUUGUCUUCCACACAGAAACAAGCAUGGGAUUCAGGCCUCUUUGUUUCUUCCAUUGGUCACCCUGACUGCUAAAGAUACUUCAGGAAAGCCAGUCCACCUCUUUCACUCCAUGUCUUUGCAAGGAGGUGCGGGUGGUUGACUAUGUAUCAGUAGUUCACUCUCCCCACCUCCCAUUUCUUUGUAUCUAUGUAACAUUUUACUGUUUUCCAUUCAAUUAAUUGAAUCAUGUAGAAAGGAUUGGGUCAGGGUCUGUGCUCCACUGCAAUAAAGUGUUUCUCCACACCAUAACAAAUCCCAAAGACAGUCUGACCACAGAAUGGCAUGGGGACCUUUAGGAGUUUGGGGUUAUUUCCUGGGAAAGGGAAAAUGGGGAGAAAGACUCAAGCUUUGUGUAAUUCGACUACAGCCAAGGAGGUGGCUUCUGCUUGUACAUACUGUUGAAACGUCCCAGUAGACUACCCUUGUUAUUUCUGACUGUCAGUAAUUG